GGAGAACUACAGAAUUCAUUUCCUGGGGUUUGAAUGGGGACGAGCUAAGAUUACAAACUCUGCCUGGCAGCCAGCCGACUUAAAUUAUCCUGCCUUUUGUUCAUUCAUCUCUUCCCCUUGCUUAGCCCGAGAAUGAACGCUGCCUCCUCCAGUCCUUUGGGAGCUCUCCCUGCCUCCAGCACAUACAAUGCAUCGCCUGCGAGUUAAGAUCAGCGUCAUUUAUGUCCACGAAUGACCCGAAUUGCUUCCCUUGCUCUGCCUGUUGCUGAUUGGCUGCUUCGUGAUGAGUAUAUUCUGAGCCCAGCAUUGUCUAGACCCUUGUCUCUUCACCCUAAUCAGCUUCCUGCCUCCACCUCCCAGGUGCAGUCAGUAUCUUUGGGCUGCAGGAAUCCUUCCUUGCAACACAUCGCAGGUGUCUGUUUGCUGUUCUGGAAAAGCUAAACAGUGGUUGAUCUGUUGAUUUUAUUGGAAAACAGUACUAUUUUGAAACGAGGCCCGGUUUCCUGUGUCAGUAACCUGUGUAGAGGGAACACACCGAGUCUGUGCCUGCAGCUUGGAGUCACACUUUGGCUACAGCCUGGAUUGUCCCCACAUUAACAGAGCAGCUGGGGAGAGAUGACAACAUGUCUGCUGGCAAGCUGUGGUCAGGCCUGCUGCUCCUGCUGUCUUGUUUCUGCUCUAGAAUUUCAUCCUGUGGCCUCUCAACACAUGUAGAAAUAGGACACAGGGCUCUGGAGUUUCUUCAGCUUCAAAAUGGACACAUCAACUACAAAGAGUUGCUCUUAGAACACCAGGAUGCAUACCAGGCUGGGACGGUGUUUCCUGAUGCCUUUUACCCUAGCAUCUGCAAAAGAGGAAAAUACCACGAUGUAUCUGAGAGGACUCAUUGGACUCCAUUUCUUAAUGCCAGCGUUCAUUACAUUCGGGAGAACUACCCUCUGCCCUGGGAGAAGGACACAGAGAAGUUGGUAGCUUUCUUAUUUGGAAUCACCUCGCACAUGGUUGCUGAUGUCAGCUGGCACAGCCUGGGUAUUGAACAAGGAUUCCUCAGGACAAUGGGAGCCAUUGAUUUUCAUGACUCCUAUUCUGAGGCUCAUUCAGCUGGUGACUUUGGAGGAGAUGUGUUGAGCCAGUUUGAAUUUAAUUUUAAUUACCUCUCACGGCGCUGGUAUGUGCCCAUCAAAGAUCUACUGAGAAUUUAUGAUAAUCUCUAUGGUCGGAAAGUCAUCACCGAAAACGUCAUUGUUGACUGCACAUAUCUUCAGUUCUUGGAGAUGCAUGGGGAGAUGUUAGCUGUUUCCAAGCUCUAUUCCACAUACUCUACCAAGUCCCCCUUUCUGGUGGAACAGUUCCAAGAGUACUUCCUCGGAGGACUGGACGACAUGGCAUUCUGGUCCACGAACAUCUACCGUCUGACCAGCUUUAUGCUGGAGAACGGGACCAGUGAGUGCCACCUGCCUGAGAAUCCUCUUUUCAUCACAUGUGACGGCCGGAAAAACCACACCCUUGGCUCAAAAGUGCAGAAAAAUGAUUUUCACAGGAAUCUGACAGUGUCCAUAAGAAAAGAUAUCAGGAAAAACCUGAACUACACAGAAAGAGGCGUGUUCUACAGCGCAGGCUCCUGGGCUCCGGAAUCUGUAACCUUCAUGUACCAGGCUCUGGAAAGGAACCUGAGGACCAUGUUUGAUGGCAGCUCUCGGACUCCGCUAAAGCAUGUCUCCAGCCCCUCUGCCACCUACUUCCUGUCUGUCCCCUAUGCCAGGCUUGGAUGGGUCAUGGCCUCAGCCGACCUCAACCAGGAUGGGCACAGUGACCUCGUGGUGGGUGCACCAGGCUACAGCCACCCUGGCCGCUUCCAGAUUGGGCGGGUGUACAUCGUCUAUGGCAAUGAUCUGGGCCUGCCCCCGGUUGACCUAGACCUAGACAAGGAGGCCCAUGGGAUCCUGCAGGGCUUCCAGCCUUCAGGUCGCUUUGGCUCAGCUUUGGCCGUGCUGGACUUCAACAAGGAUGGGCUGCCUGACUUGGCCGUUGGGGCCCCCUCUGUGGGCUCCGGGCAGCUCACCUACAAUGGUGCAGUGUAUGUCUACUAUGGGUCCCGGCAGGGGAGGCUGUCUUCUGCCCCUAACAUCACCAUCUCCUGCAAGGACACCUACUGCAACCUGGGCUGGACCCUCCUGGCGGCAGAUGUGAAUGGAGAUGGCCACCCUGAUCUGGUGAUCAGCUCACCUUUCGCACCGGGUGGAGGGAAGCAGAGAGGGAUCGUGGCUGCCUUCUACUCACACCCCAGAUGGAGCGACAGAGAAACACUGACUGCAGAGGAAGCAAACUGGAAGGUGAGCGGCGAGGAGGACUUCUCUUGGUUUGGAUACUCCCUCCAUGGGGUCACAGUGACAAACAGAACCCUGCUGCUGGUUGGGAGCCCAACCUGGAAGAACGUCAGCAGGUUGGCACGUUCGAGCCACAGGAUCCACGAGAAAAACAGCCUGGGAAGGGUGUAUGGCUACUUUCCGCCAAACUGUCAGAGUAAAAUCACUAUCUCAGGCGAUAAGGCAAUGGGAAAGCUGGGCUCCUCCCUGUCAAGUGGCCAUGUGAGGCUGAACGGGACCCUAACACAAGUGCUAUUGGUUGGAGCCCCUACUCAUGAUGACGUGUCUAAAAUGGCAUUCCUAACCAUGACCCUGCACCAGGGUGGAGCCACUCGCUUGUAUGAGCUAGCCUUGGACAAAACACAGCCAGCCCUGCUAAGCACCUUCAGCGGAGACCGGCGUUUUUCUCGAUUUGGUAGUGUUCUACACCUGACUGAUUUGGAUGAUGAUGGUUUAGAUGAAAUCAUCAUGGCUGCCCCUCUGAGGAUAACAGACAUGACUUCUGGACUGCUAGGGGGAGAAGACGGGCGGGUUUACAUUUAUAACGGCAAGCACACCACCCUGGGUGACAUGACAGGAAAAUGCAAAUCCUGGCUGACUCCAUGUCCAGAGGAGAAGGCACAGCAUGUACUGAUUUCUCCUGAGGCAAGUUCGAGGUUUGGGAGCUCGCUGGUGUCUGUAAGGUCUAAGGGAAGGAACCAAGUGGUUGUCGCUGCUGGAAGAAGUUCUUGGGGCGCCCGGCUCUCUGGGGCACUUCAUGUCUACAGCCUCAGCUCAGACUGAAGACGGUCACUCCAUUCUCCUGUUCAGCCCCUCCCUCUUGGGCCAAGUCCAUCUCCAGGGUGGACAAAGCAUUCCUCCAGUGGAGCCAUGGUGAAGCCUGGCAGAGGUUGGGCUCCUGGGACAGACACACUGACAGCCAGGUGACCUGGAAAUGUGGUCAGUUAUGUGUGGGUACCAGAUGACGGGGAACGGCAGGCACUCUGCAUCUUCUCUGAGCUUGGGACUAAAACCAUCACCCCUCCUCUUCUGGUUGAAUACCUGUCUCUGUCUUGCCUAGAAAGGGCACAGUUACCUUGUAACACAUUCUAUCUAUCAUUGCUCCUUAAAAAAAAAAUCCUUAAGCAGCGGCUGGUCCUAUUUGGAUCUUAAAUGUGCUCCCAAAUUCCCAUGCUGAAGUCUUGGUCUCCAGCUGAAGGAGGGCAGAAAUUCUGGGGUGGGAUCUUGUUGGAGGAAGUUACGUCAUUAGGGUGCACCAGGACCCCAAGUCUUUCCUUGCCGCUUUGCUUCCCAGCUGCCAUAAAAUGAACAGCUUUCCUCUGCCGUGCUGGCUUCUUCCCCAGCUCCAAAGCAACAGGGUCAAGGCCCUACAACUGACAUGGCUGAAACUGGGAGCCAAAAUAAAUGUUUCUUCUUUUGAA